UGUGUGUGUGAGGGUGCGCGCGCGCCGAUGGCUCGCAGCUAACGGCGCGGGCGACGGCAUGCGCCGCGCCUAGCCAUGCCACCGGCGCUAAGCCAGACAUGGCGCAGUACUCACAACGGACACAGCCGAUGCACAGCUUGGGAAGCGUUGAGAUACACAAUAGUUCGAUUAAACGCAGAACAAUUACGAUUAAAGAAGUUUUGAACGACUACACAAAAAAUUCAAAUCUUCAUGGACUCAGGUACAUCGGGGAAAAGGAACGGACACUUCUGGAAAAGCUGUUCUGGACUUUUACAUUCAUUUUUUGCGUGGUGCUUUGCGGCUUUCAAAUAUUCAAAGUUUAUACAAAAUGGGACGAUACUCCCGUCAUUGUGACCUUUGCUGAGACCACCACUCCAGUCUGGGAGAUACCGUAUCCAGCAGUGACUUUCUGUUUCGAAACGAAGUCUCGGCAGACGAUUUUUAAUUUCACCAAAUACUUCCACUUGUAUAACAACAACACGGGCGCACCUCACAGCAACAUUACUGAAGACGAAGUUGAGAUGUUUGAAGAUUUAUGUUUAGUUUGUGACGCCGCUUGGUGUCCCAAGGAUGGAAGAAAGGUAUCCAAUGGUACUGUGACAGUCGAGAAUAUUAAAUCGGUGGCGCCUAAUUUAACGGAGAUGUUUUAUGGAUGCAAAUGGCAAAACACUCUUUAUCAAAAUUGUUCAUCUAUGUUCUCACCAAUUCUUACUGAGGAAGGCCUGUGCUACACGUUCAAUAUGCUACGUGCUGAAGAUCUUUUUAGAGUUGAAAACUUACAUACAGAAUACCCAUAUCUUGAAUUUAAUCCAGAUGUUUUAAUGAGCCCGAAUCUAACGUGGAGUUUAGGAUCAGGAUUUGAACCUGAUGCACCUAUGGAAACUUACCCGUUAAGAGGAUCAGGAUUUGGUGCGAAAUCUGGAAUAGCAUUUGUUAUGAAAACAAAAGAGAUUGAUCAAGAUUUCCUCUGUAAGGGACUUGUACAAGGUUUCAAGAUUCUUCUACAUAAUCCUGCAGAGUUGCCGCGUCUGUCGCAGCAAUUUUUUCGAUCCCCAUUAUCAAAGGAGAUAGUUGUUUCCAUAAAACCUAAAAUGAUGACUACUUCAGAAGGGCUAAGAGCAUAUAGUCCUGAAAGGCGUCAAUGUUAUUUUCCAAACGAGCGAUACCUCAGAUACUUCAAAGUCUACACCCAAUUCAACUGCGAAAUGGAAUGUUUGGCCAACUUUACCAACACAAUGUGUGGUUGUGUGCACUUCGGUAUGCCCCAUUCUGCUGAUAUUCCAGUGUGCAAUGCUGGAAGCAUUGAAUGUGUAACGCGUGCUCAAGUUGAACUAAGUGUGAAUGACAUAAAAGAGGGGCUCCAUUUAGAAGAAGCUGAAGGAAACGACACCCUCCCAGCAGCUCGACAGAGGGCCACUCAAUGCCAUUGCCUGCCCGCGUGCAACUCUAUUGAGUACGAUGCGGAAAUGUCGCAGGCAGACUAUGACUGGCGGGCCAUCUACCAAGCCUACGACUAUCCAGUUCCUGAAGAGGAAAAAGAUAUGUUAUGCGCUCGCGUCAGUGUAUACUUCAAAGAACCCCAGUUUAUGACAUCUCGGAGGUCCGAGCUGUUCGGCCCGACAGACUUCCUCGCUAAUUGCGGCGGUCUCCUAGGCCUGUUCAUGGGUUUCUCUAUACUAAGCGUCGUUGAAAUUGUAUAUUUCUUUUCACUUCGAAUUCUUUGUGCAAUUUGGCGGCGACGUAAAGAAGUCCCACAUGCAGACGAGGUGGUCCUAAAUAAGCAUGUACAACUGCAAGUUGAUUAGUGGGCUAACACUACUGAAAUCUUAUGAUAAUGAUAGUUUUUGUUACAAGCUGAAUAAAUAUUUUAUAAUAUAGGUAUGUAACCUAUCCUUAAAUAAAUAAAUAGCUAAAUUAUGUAAGAUAUUUGAAACUCACCCAUAUAUACCACCUAUGUUCAAUAAUAAUUAUAAUAAACACUUUGUUUCUGUCUU